AAACAAAAGCACUAUAAUGACGCAACAGAUUCUGUACAAAUGACUAAUGUCAAGGAAAUGACGCCCUACUACUUACCCAUUUUACGGUAUGAGGUAAGGAUAUCUCCUAGAAUAAAAAGUUUUAAACUUAUUGCUACUGCUCGUGGAACCCGCAAGCUGAUUGGAUAUUUUGAGAAAUGGGACGACCUACUUAGGUCUUGA